AACUGAAUUUAGUCAAUAGUCACCGGCUACCCCUUUUUAUACUUGCAAUUGAUCCUCGCUCCUAUCGCCCACUACCUCACUUGUAUCUCCUCACUGACUCCAGCUCUCAUACUGUUUCUCAGCGUGUCUCGGUUUCUCUAGAAUCAUGGGAAAGAUCAAGAUUGGAAUCAACGGAUUUGGAAGAAUUGGAAGGUUGGUAGCUAGAGUAGCUUUACAGAGAGAUGAUGUCGAACUUGUUGCUGUCAACGAUCCCUUCAUCACCACCGAUUACAUGACAUAUAUGUUUAAGUAUGAUACAGUUCAUGGUCAAUGGAAACAUCAUGAGCUUAAGGUUAAGGAUUCUAAGACACUUCUCUUCGGAGAGAAGUCAGUUACUGUUUUUGGUGUCAGGAACCCAGAGGAGAUCCCAUGGGGUGAGACCGGCGCUGAUUAUAUUGUGGAGUCGACUGGAGUUUUCACUGAUAAGGAUAAGGCUGCUGCUCACUUGAAGGGUGGAGCUAAGAAAGUCAUCAUCUCAGCCCCAAGCAAGGAUGCUCCUAUGUUUGUUAUGGGUGUUAAUGAGAAGAGUUACACACCGGAUCUUAACAUUGUAUCCAAUGCUAGUUGCACUACCAACUGCCUUGCUCCCCUUGCUAAGGUCAUUCAUGACAGAUUCGGCAUCAUUGAGGGACUUAUGACCACUGUUCACUCUAUUACUGCUACCCAGAAAACUGUUGAUGGGCCCUCUUCAAAGGACUGGAGAGGUGGAAGAGCUGCUUCAUUCAACAUCAUUCCUAGCAGCACAGGAGCUGCAAAGGCUGUGGGGAAGGUGCUACCUGCUUUGAAUGGCAAGCUGACAGGAAUGGCUUUCCGUGUUCCUACUGUUGAUGUCUCUGUUGUGGACCUCACAGUGAGACUUGAGAAGGGAGCUACAUACGAAAAUAUUAAAGCUGCAAUCAAGGAGGAGUCUGAGGGAAAGAUGAAGGGAAUCUUAGGGUACACUGACGAAGAUCUGGUUUCAACCGACUUCAUUGGUGACAACCGGUCAAGUAUCUUUGAUGCCAAAGCUGGAAUUGCUUUGAACGAUAACUAUGUGAAGCUCGUUGCGUGGUAUGACAACGAGUGGGGCUACAGCACUCGCGUGGUUGACUUGAUCACCUACAUUGCAUCUGUUUCUGAAUGAAGUCGCAGCAUGAUGGAGCUGCUGCACGCGCUUCCACAUGCCUUGCCUGGUUGUGGUGUUGGUUUUGUGUCAUGUUAAGAGUGAAUAAAAUUGUUUCAAGACAGCAAUGCUAUGAGCUUCGUAAUGUCAGCAAGAUUCUGUUAGUUUUUAGGUUUGGCUUCCUCGUUGUACCCCGAGGAAGGAACUUUAAAUUCAUCGCAACCGGUUUUUAAAUAUUUUUGCCUUUCCAGUAUUGCGAUUAAGGUGUUUCUGCCACUCUCCUGUACCCAAAUCUCUUAUCGACUCCUUUUGCGGUUAAAAUGAGUAAUCUAGAUGUUAAAUUUGGCCUUGUGGCACGCUAAAA